CAGUGGUGCCUUGGUAAACAUAGCACUUAAUAAGGUACCUUGCCUUAUACCCAUCAAUCAUUGCUCUGCCAUUUCACACAGCAUUUAUUUAUCAGACUUAUCGGGAUGUAUUAGUGUAGGAAUCGCCUUCAUAGGAUGGGACAGCUUACCGUUUAACAGAACCCCUUACGUGAUCUGAUCAACCUGUUGUGACGAACUAUGGAAGCUUGCGAUUUGGAGAAUCAGAUGUCCCGUGUUAUUGGUGGGAUAAAUCGCGGUUUCUUGCGGCUCGCUGCCUGCCACCUAAUGAGUACGUGGAGGGGUGAGAGUGAAUUAUUCGUCGUGUUGGACUGAGAGUUUAGUGAUCUUCCGCUUUCCCCUGUCCUCCCCCACUGCACGCGACACGUGUCUAUGGAAGUAGUCCCCCGCUGGGAUGUGCAGAUCGACAGCACGUGCAUGCACGUCGUGUACAGUUAUGUACCGCCGCCAAGUCAUCUCGACAUUGCUUUUGAUAGCCAUAGUACUGGUCGAUGUGGCCGAGUUGUCGCCAGAAAAGCGCCUGAUCAAAACCCUGUUAGCAGAUUAUGAAGAACGUGGGAAAAUGGGUCGCCCUGUUGAGCAUUUUAACGACACUCUCAUGGUCAACUACGGCCUCAGUCUCAUACAGAUACUGGACCUAGACGAGCGCAACCAGGUCCUCAGUACCAACGUGUGGGCAACCUAUACUUGGAGGGACAUCUACAUGCAAUGGGACCCUGAGAAAUAUAACAACAUCACAAAGAUCCGCGUGCCAAGCGGCAGUAUCUGGCAACCUGACAUAAAACUGUACAAUUAUGCGGACGAGCGGAGGGAGGAGAAGCGAGAUGCCCUGUUCGUGGUGGAAUCGGACGGGUCCGUGCUCUGGAUACCACAGGCCAUUUUCAAAAGCUCAUGUGCAAUAGAUAUAAUGCACUUCCCUUUCGACGUCCAGAUCUGUAAGAUGAAGUUUGGUUCCUGGACAUACGAUGGCAGUAAGAUCGACCUGUCCUUUGUAUACACGACUGAAUCGGGAUUUGACAUGACUGACUACGUGAAAAGCAACGAGUGGGACAUCAAAACGUCCUACUCCAAAAAGAACGUUAUACGGUAUGCAUGUUGCCCAGAGCCGUUCGUCGACCUGACCUUCAUGCUGGAGAUCCGCCGGAAGCCGGCCUUCUAUAACUACAUACUCAUACUUCCGUGUAUCCUCCUCUCAUCGCUCACAUUGGUGCUCUUCUGGCUUCCCCCAGAGUCCCCGGCCAAAAUGCAGUUGGGAAUGAACAUAUUCGUUGCGUUCUUCGUGCUGCUGUUACUACUGGCGGAGUCGACGCCCCCGGCCGCCUCCUCCAUCCCUCUCAUUGGUGCUUACUACUGUCUGAACAUGGUUUUGAUCACUCUGUCCACCUUCCUCUCCGUCAUUGUGGUAAAUCUCUACUUCCGGGGGUCGCGUACCGAGGUCCCUCGCAUUGUUAAAAAGGUGUUCGUGGAUAUUUUAGCGUGUUUAAUGUGUAUGAAAGAUCAAAUUCGCGAAAAACCAAAGUUGAAAAGUCAGGGACAAGUGAUAAAUAAAGACAAAAAUUGCAAAUAUGACAAAGUUGGAUACUAUGAGAUGCAGACAGAAGAGAGUUGGAAAUGCCUUUCAAACGGUACGUCUGGUUUGAACAAUGACCCAGAAUCACAACCACAGACGGCGCUACAGAGCACUAUCAGUGGUCUCGAGGCGGACGUACGGGAAAUCAAGAUCCAUCUGCGGCAGCUAUUUGAACGCACUGUGCAGCAGGAGGUAAAAGAGAAGACUGCCAGGGAGUGGAGGGUCGUCGCUCUCGUCCUCGACCGACUAUUCUUCUUCGUCUACCUAACGGCAAUUGUUGUGUCGAUUAUAACGACAAUGUAUAACAUCCAAUCCGGAGGGACACAGCACAUCCGCAGUGUACAUGAUAUAAACUGAGCAGUACUUGCACGAGGGCAUGGUGAUGGCGGGCAUUAUUUCGCUGUAGUGAUACUUGGUUGAAGAAGUGACGGUGACUGGCAUGUUCUCGACAUUUGUUGAGGACUUGGUGGUGGCGGGCAUAUUCUCGCUGUAGUGGUACUUUGUUGAGGACAUGGUUGUGGUGGCUUGUAUGUUCUGUCUGUAAUAGUAAUUGGUUGAGGACUUGAUGGUGGUGGGCAUAUAUCCGCUGUAGUGUUGACGGGAAUGUAUAUUUGGUGUUGAUGACUUAAACUCAGUCUCGAUCGUCUGAGGGGAUAAAAUGUUGACUUGUAAACGACGGCCUACUUUAACUGGCCUGUAGAUGGUGAUGUCUAGUUAAUUCGACCACUUCAACACAACGUCCAGUUCAUAUGGCCUGGUGUACCAAGAACAGACAGAAGAGAAGCAUUGUGUUUAUGAGUAAGGUCGGAUACAAGAACUAGCUUCUAGAAGUUAAGCACGUACGUGUGACAUUUGUGAAUAACGAAACAAAGAUGGAGGUCGGUGGAAAUACCUGCACUGGACAUAAGCCGAUAAAUGCGCUGUUGAACAAAACAAAAUGUUCUGAGUGCACAGUAAAGAAACAUGAUGUACACAUAUACUGCUGACGAAAUAACAGCAAACAGUACACAUAAACUGCUGACCAGUUUUACAUAAAUAUGUUUAGGUCGCUUUAAUUCACAUCUUUACAUUGUUCUCCGUAGCAAUCAGUCAUACACGCAUGAUACUUAUACAAAAUGUCAGCGUCGUUCGUCUGUGAGACCUAGGAGCCGCUGUGUGAUGGUUCUUUUUCAGAAGUGUUUCAAAUUUACCAAUUUAUGUGUUUACACCUGUACAAUCUGGCGGGGCUACUAAAUGUAAUGGCUGGUCCGCGAUGAGAUGUCGUCACAGACCCUAGGGAUAAUACGAGGGACACGAUGGCGCGGGACCCUUGCAACUAGGGCGGCACACUGUCAAUUAAGAAAUAUGUGCGAGCGUUAAGUCACGUCUUGAAACUAAUGUACCAACUAGUAAUUCGAAUGCACGUUUUUGCAUAAUUGGAUCGUAAGGUAAAAUAUGAAUAUGAUCUUUGCAAUUGAUUCAUUUAACAAGACUCGGUAAAACCAAUUUUGGGCCGAGAAAUUAUUAUCAGGAUUUGCUUAACACAAACUGUACAGAACUUGUUAUGUGCAUGGCGCGCGAAGACUAGUGUGAGCACCAAUAACAGCGCUCUCUAGCAACGCUUAGAGAAACAGUGUAUGCAAGUUUGCAAGCUGGACAAUUAUUUCAAUGUACUUAUAUAUGUUUAUAUGUAUUUAUCCAUCCGUCGACUCAUCCAUGUAUACUCAUUUAAGGUAGAGAGUCCCAGCGCUCUGUGUUGUAUUUCCAACGAGGAAACUGUUCCAAUUUCAAGACGUACAAUGUACACUGUAAAAUUGCUUGCCAAUUUACUAUAUUAAAGAUACAGAUAUUUAAUCAUACUUUCCUAAUUCACAAAACGGGUAUUAUAUCCCUUGAUUACAACAAAGGUAGCUGGUCUACAGCCCUAACGUAAAUCAUAUUUGUUAUGUUCAUACUUUCCUUCAAAAUUGAUGGGAGUAACUUCAAAAUGUUCGAUAUUUCUAAAAAUGGUUCAUAACCAUGUAUUUUCUUUUUAUUUAGAGGAAAUAACAAAUUUAACAAGAACACAGUUUUCCUUAUACGAUAUAAAAGUGUUGGGACCCUCUUCCUUAAUCUUGAACAUUCUAAGGACAAUUUGAUGUACUCGUUAUGAAAACAAUAAUAUGGUCAUGAUUCAACAUCGUAGCCCGUCCAAAGAGCAUAGCCAACAAAUUCUAUUUUAUGUCAUCCUUACUAACAUUAUGUACAUAGUCACUCAUCAGGACUUGUAUAUUUAAGUGUUGUGUUGUACAAGUAUAGAACUAACUAAUCGCGGUGUAUUUCUGUACAUAAUGACAUAACCUAUUGGAAAUGCGUAUUGACUAGGAAAUACUAUUAGCAUGGCAUAUUUACUACUAGCAAGAUCAUUAACAAUAGCCUUUAUAUAUGACAUGCAAACGCUGUUACUUUGAUGUUCAUACAACUUGAAAAUCAUUGUCAUAACUAGCAAUUACAUUUGAAUAUGACGCAUGUCAUCUGAACAGGAAAUAACACUGAACUGUUACUGAAAUGUACACGUUACUACCUUAGAAUAAAGUUAUUUUAAAGGUACAUGUAAACAUGGAGUACACAAGACUCGUAUAUAUCUGUUAACCUAGUGAGCACGUGAUAAGUAUAUGUCAACCUGGUGAAUACGUGACUAGUAUCUGUCAACCUGGUGAACACGUGACUAGUAUCUGGUCAACAUGACAUACACGUGACUUGUAUCUGGUCAACAUGACAUACACGUGACUUGUAUUAAUAUCAAAGUUGUGUACACGUGACUGGUAAUUUAUCUGUCAAUGGUGUACACUUAACUAUAUACACAGUUUCUGUUAAAAUGACGUACACGUGACUGACUUUCUAUAAACAUGGUAUUUAUAUGACCAUUGAAUGUGUGUCAACGUAAAACAAUGUUCCAUUAUGUUUAUGACCAUCAAACCUGAAAAAAAAAUACAAUUAGAUAUGGGCGUAAUGCACUCACACCAAAGCAAAUGUUCAAAGUAAGUGUCAAUGUUUCUAUAUGUGUCUGUCCAAUUAGUAAUACAUCAGGUUGUUGGUGUACAUUUCCAGCAUGUGUAAUUGUCUACAAUGUUGUAUAUGUGUUUAUAUCUCAGUUUUUCUACCAACAUGACUUUUUUUGUAGAAUGUAUAAUGUAUUUUAGGUGAAGAGAAAAUACAAACACCUGAAUUUACACAUAGAUCCUACAUAUAUAGCACGUUCAUUGUUGAUAAUUCACCCUGUAUUUGAUAGUUUGUGGCGUGAAUCUCCUUUCUGAAAUAAUUAAACAUAAGGAAACAGGUAGAACAUCUCUGCUAAACAAUAUUUUUGGUUAAUUAAGUGAUACGACAUAUUAUGAUUUGAUUGUUUUAAGGGCAACAAUACCACAGAUUACGGGUUGUAUAUGUACCGCAAGUAUCGCAUAUCGUUCGGUAACAAUGUAUUUGUUCAGAUAAACCCCAGCACGUCUACUGGUUACACUACAUACCAGUUGUCAACGUACACCUCAACACGUGUACAUUGUACUGGUUACGCUACACCAGUUGUCAACGUACACCCCAGCACGUGUACUGGUUACGAUACACCAGUUGUAAACGUACACCUCAGCACGUCUACUGGUCACGCUAUACCAGUUGUCAACGUACAUCCCAGCACGUGUACUGGUUACGCUAAACCAGUUGUAAACUAACACCCAAGCACGUGUACUUGUUACAUUACAUCAUUUGUCAACGUACACCUCAACACGUGUACUGGUUACGAUACACCCGUUGUAAACGUACAUCCCAGCACGUGUACUGGUUACGAUACACCCGUUGUAAACGUACACCCCAGCACGUGUACUUGUUACGUUACACCAUUUGUCAACGUAGAAUCACGCACUGACAAUGGUGAAACCAUAUUAGAUGUCAUCUGAGCACGUGUAUUGGUGACGCUACAUCAGUUGCCAAGGUAGACCCAUGCACGUGCACUGUUAUGAACCUUAUAAGUUGUCACCCUAGAUCUCAGCACGUAUAUACUGUUUAUAAGUUUUCUUUAAAUUUCUCAUUGCAAAUUUCAGUUGAACAUCAGCUAUACCAGAUUGUUCACUAAACUGUAUGUCAAUGUUUGUUACUGAUGUCCGAAACUAUGGAACCAUUAUAAAGAUCCCGUCAGCCUUAGAUUCCAUGUGCCAUCCAUUUGUGCGUUUGAGGUAAUCUGAAGUUCUGUACAAUCAGUGCUACUGUUUCGCCAGCUAGCACUUAUUGUAAUGUACACAGCACUUACAGGAGAUAAAGCAAUACAGCGCCCAAUCCUAUAUUUUACAUUUUGGACGCCAGUGUUCUUAUUCUUAUGCAUCAUGGAGCCACAUUUUUUAUAUUCGACAUAUGUGUAGAACUGUGAAUACUAGUACCUGUAUUGUAACAUAUAUGUGCCCGCUGAAGUGCACACUUGUACGUGCUUACAGUAUGGAACCUCGUACAAACAUGCGCCAUUGGUACAUUGUACGUAUUGUUAUAAAUCCGUACGUCUAUACAGAACAUUGCUCUCAAAAGUGGCUAUCUACUUUUCCUAUUUGUUCAUAUGUAUGUGGACGUAUAUAUGUUAAUACAUCGUACAUGGAAUCAUGUUUUUGAUGAUGAAGACGUGUUAAUGAAGGUACGUCGUAUUAUACAUGUACAGAUGACGGCACGUUCUAUUGGUACACGCGCAUGCCCUAACGUCGUACUUGCUCGAGUGUUUAUGUCACUACAUGUGUAUAUGUACACGCGCAUGCCGAUACGUCGUAUCAGCACACGUGUGCUUUGCUACGCCAUAUUCAUGCAUACGUGUGUAUUUCAAUAGUGCGUAUAUUGUACAGUUGUCAGGCUGUACGUCCAAUGAUCCAUUAAAUGAUCACAAAACACACCUGAUUUCAAAGAGCUGUGUUCUCGUCUCUUUAAAGGCGCAAUUGUAUUAUAUAUUCUUGUAGAAUCUGAUUCUAUUUUGUAUUAUAUACGAGCAGGUUUAAUGUAAGUUAUCUGCAGAAAUAAUCACUGCAUUAAUGUUCCUUGGUUAUACUGCAUGCUGAACACACGAACAACUCUCUCUACUUAAUGUGUACGCGAGAUAACAAAUCGAAAUAAAAAUAAUCAAGAAA